AUGCGCCGCAUAAAUGUUGCUGGCCUGGCUUCCCUAUUUCAGCUGACAACAUCGUAUCAUGCUCUGCGACGAAGGCGCGCGGCCCACUCUGUGCGCCAAGUGGUAACAAUGCCACGAAACAGAGCACGUCGGAGCUUGCCCUCUGGCGACGCCGUUCUUUCACAACCGCUGCAGGAAGCAUGUAUGAGUGCAUCAGAGGGAAGCGAUGCAUUCAUCAACCCCUUCACAGGUCGCCUAACACCAGCGAGCAGCCGCGUGGCAAAAGAGCUUCUGCGCGUCGGAUUUAAGCGGAGCGCUGUAAACCCCUUUCGCAUUGUAUGGGACGCAGCGGCCGCACAAACCGCGAGCCCUAAUGCCCUGAGGCCCUUUCUGAACUCGAUUGUUUCAUGGCGAAAGAAUUUGACUGCGUUGCUCUCAAGACCGGAUGCCGCCGACGCUGUGAACGAGGAGAUUCACCGGCUGUACGGUGAGCUCACAAGCGCCUACCUGCCGCCCAAGCUGGAUGCCAUGCAUGACCCACAGCUCUCGAGUAUGACAAUGACGCCAGAUCAAGAGAACGCUAUUCGAUGCGCAAUACGGGGUUACAGCAUGUUUGUGGGUGGGAGUGCCGGCACAGGCAAGACGGUUUUGCUCAAAGCCAUCCACCGUCGCUUGACAGAGUUAGGCUUGCGUGUGGCCAUGACGGCGACAACAGGCGUGGCGUCGGUGCAGCUUGGGGGAUGCACUUUUCACUUGGCCUUUGGUGUACCAUUGAGCGACGCAACGGGGCUAAAAAAACGAUGGGACGCCAACGCACUCCGUGCGGUGGACGUUGUGAUCAUCGAUGAAGUCUCCCUGCUGGAUGCUGAGCUCUUUGACGCCUUUGAUCUGGAGGCGCGCAUGGCACGACUGGAGCCACUGCCAUUUGGCGGGCUGCAGGUAAUCGCGUGCGGAGACUUUUUGCAGCUCGCCACCACAGACAGCGCGUCUGCUGGACCAUGCUACCAGAGCGCGGCGUUCCGGCAUCUCAUCGCUGUGCAGUUAGUGACACCGAUGCGUCACGCGCAGGGAGAUCCGCUGUACAAGAUGCUGGCGCAGCUGCGUGUCGGGAAGUUUGAUCGCAAGGUCUUCGCAUCACUCGACCGGCCGCUCUCAGAGAACACAGAGAAUGUGACGCACAUUUUUCCGAGGCGGCGAGAUGCACAAAGGCUGAAUGAUGAAAAGCUUUGUGAGCUACGUAGCGAAGAGAUGAUUUUUACACCACAGCGCGGCCCGCUGCAACUCAUUGGCAACUUCACCUCCGCAGGGCUCGUAGAGUUCCGGAAGCGGAAGCAUCUGCCCAACCGCGAUGAGAUUGUGGAGGUAAUGACAGAGGAGAUCAAGAGAAUUGCUGGUGUCGACGUCGCGGACCACAAUGUGGUGGUGAUGCCGACCCGAUCAGCGAAGGGCGGUGUGAUAAUUCGCCUUCGCCACCCAGACGACGGGGUGGCAGCCCGGAAAGGGAUCAGGAGUGGCGGCAGCAGCAACUUCGGCAUCAGCAGUACUGCCGUCUCCAAGAACCAAUGGAAGGAAAUUAUGGAUAGUACCGCUUCGCGACUGAAGGCAACACUGCGUCAGGUGUACGACGAGGAUCCACAGGGAUUCGUACCACUCAGUGUGUCGAUGGCGCUUGCAGACGUAUCAAGCCAUCCGAACGCUGAGCACCUCACACCACUGCGGCUAAAGUUGGGCUGUCGCGUGAUGGUCAACCGCAACCUCUCACGGACUGUGUCAAACGGCAGUGUGGGGGUCGUCGAGGCUUUUGCUCUGCCCAACCCGGACCUGUUUCCGCGCCGCCAUGAGGCACCGGCGAAGACGUUCUACGGAUGGCUACUGGAGAAGAAUAUGUUCCCUAAUCUGCCCAUUGUGCGAUUGCUGAGCGGAGAGGUGGUUCAGGUGCCACCACUCUCACUCACGGUCGGCGGCACACCCUCCACUUUUUUCUAUGGCCACGAACUGUACUCACUGCCGCUGCAGCUGGGCUACAGCUUCACGGUGCACAAGGUGCAGGGGCUCACUCUGGAGGGGACUGUCGUACUCGACUGCGAGAAAUUCUUUGAGUGCCCACACCUUAUUUACGUGGCCUGCUCGCGUGUACGAUCACUGGAUCAGCUCAUCGUGAAGAACAUCCGCAGCGACAUGGUUAUCGUCAAGCGGAGUGCGCUGGAAUUCUCAAAGAAGCUGAAGGACGCCUCCAUCAUGACAAACUUUGCGCCGUCGGAUGGCUGCACACGUGCGUCGUGGGUGGAGCGCCAGAGUCCGCGUCUCAUGGGAUUAACCGAAUGA